AUGCCUCCCGCUGCCCUGCAAGCCACCGUAUCAGAAUCGGUCAAGGACGCUAUCAUUUCCAAAUUGCGCCAACCACCAAGUGCCGUCCCUUCGCGAGAGUGGAGUGCAGAGACUCGUACCUCCUUGACACCGGCCGAUGCUGGCAUCGCAGAGGCACGUGCUUCAGCAGAAGAUAUCGAACUUGUCGAUCUGCAACAUCACAACUUUUCAGAACCGCGCAAACGCAUCGUAUCGCCCGCAUCCCUAUCCAGGUUCGAGCACUCACAAGCUUUCGCCGAGAUCCUCGCGUUCAUUUGCGUCUGCAACACAAGGGUAGUGGGAAAGACGCUGACCGAAGAGAUCCAAAUUUCGUCGGCAUGUCGCACCAUCCUCGAAAUGCUUGAUCAAGUGGCCGCUCUGCGCGAGUCGACUCCGCCAGACGCUUCGAUCGGCUCAUCCCGUUUCGGCAAUCCCGCUUUUCGCACGUUCUACGCCAAGAUCCGUGAGAACACCGACCGUCUUCAUCGCAUGAUUCCGGGCCUCGAGACCGAUUCUGAAUGGUCACGAGCGGCCCGCGCCGAACUUUCCGUCUACUUUCAGGAGUGCUGGGGCAACGAAAAGAGAAUCGAUUACGGGAGUGGCAUGGAGCUCAACAUGGCCUGCUGGUUGCUCUGUCUUUGCAAAUUGCGCAUUCUGCGUCUUCCUGAGGACGGCGCUUGCAUUGUUCUGCGCAUCUUCUGGACGUACGUUCAAGUGAUGCGCGAUAUCCAGUCCUCGUACUGGCUCGAGCCAGCCGGUAGUCAUGGCGUAUGGGGACUCGACGAUUAUCACUUCCUUCCCUUUCUCUGGGGUGCCGGUCAGCUAAGCAGCCAUCGGCAUCUCCGUCCCAAAGCGAUCCACGACGCAGAGAUCGUCGAUGAGUUCGCACCAAAGUACAUGUACUUGGCCUGCAUUCAGUUCAUCAACUCGGUCAAGACGGCCUCGUUGCGCUGGCAUUCGCCUAUGCUCGAUGACAUUUCAGGCGCGAAAUCAUGGAGCAAAGUCAACCAAGGCAUGAUCAAGAUGUACCGCGCAGAGGUGCUCAAGAAGCUUCCCAUUGCCCAGCACAUCUUUUUCGGAAGCUUACUCCGUUUCCCAGAGCCUGCCACGGGUGAGCUCGAGGAAGAAGACGUCGAAGAAGAUGCGCAUGGUCACAUUCAUCCAGCAGGAAAGCCACAUGCACACGGUACAGGUGAGGGUCAGGCUGCUGGAUGGGGUGACUGCUGCGGCAUCCCCAUCCCCAGCGCAUUUGCAGCGGCGGAGCAAGAGAAGAAACGCCAACAAGGCAAUUUCAGCUCGACAAUGCUGGGCGAGAAGCCAUUUGGAACAGGUGUCCGUCGGAUCCCAUUCGACUGA